AUGCCUCCUCUCAGAUCUAUCCCCGCAGCCAAGCCCGUCAAGACGGAGCGUACUCACGAAGAGAAUCAGGAGAGAGCAUACAUCGCUGCCUCUCGUCGCAGUGACCGUAGUCUUGAAGCCCGUGUCGAGUCUGCUCGUCGUGCUUCCGAGAUUCAUAAGAGACGCACAGGCAGAUCUCUUCGUGUAACUGAGCAAGACGUUAUCAACGAGGAGAUGUACGAGGAAGAGGAUGACGACCUGCCCAUGCAAUACCGUCGUCUUACCGCUCAUCUCCAGACUUCGAACGCCGAUUUUGAUCGUAGACUGGCUGCAUACCUUACCAACCAUGUUGCUAUGCGUGCUGCGCUCGGUCAAACCAUGGGCGACCAGUACAACCCUCAGCAAUACUCCAACGCUCCUCAGUUUGCCAACCAGCUCGGCCAAUUCNCCCAGUCAUUCCCCAACCCUAUGCUUCCUCCCCAGAUGGCCAACAGAUCACCUCAGAGCUUCCGCGCAUCGCCUUACCCUCAGCAAGGUUUCCGCCAAAACAUGCAUGGUCGCUCGGCAUCCAUCGCCACUCCUCAGGAGCUACAGCACAUGAACAACUUCCCUACAGUGCAAAGUCCCAACACUGCCUUUAUCAAGCCUGAGGACCGUCGCAUGUCUCUUCCCGUUCAAUCACAGCAAAAUGCCGCUCCUNCGCCGCCGCACCUUACCUCCGCCUCGCGAACCUCGUCGUCCACUAGCCUCACCAACUUGAAGCACGAAGCAGCUAAGCAGGGCAACGGUCAGACAUCGCCAACGGCUCAGACCUCACCGCCAGCAUACCCUGCUUCCUACAACAAUGUUUCUCCUGCCUUUGAUCCUAGCAUGAUGAACAUGAUGCCUUUCUCUACCUCGUUGCCUCACGAAUCACAGCAACUGCUUGGUCCUGCUUUUGACCAGAACGACGCCUUCUCGCAGAUGCUCAUGGGUGGCUAUGGCCAGCAGCAAUCUCAACCUUUCUAUACUUACAACCCCAACCCUUCCAAGUUCAAGGGUGGCAGCCCUUGCUUUGACGGUAUCAACCAGACUCUCGCCCCUGGCAUGCUUGACACCAACAUGGACAAGUACAGCACGCCGAUGUCCGGUGCCGACUCUGCCCUCACGCCAUCAACCACGUUCGGAUAUGACUCCAACUUUGACCCUCUCAAGGGAUUCUCACACAACAACGUUAGUGGCAUGACGACACCUGGCGAGAACGACUGGUCGAAUCUCCUCGACUCGAACGCCUGGGAGGAGCAGGGUUCGCAACCUGCUGUUGUUAACUGA